GCCAGUGAGUCUACCACAACGCUGUGGGCCCCAGGCGCGGACAGCGCUGUCUAUGUCCGGCCGCCCUUGCAGCUGGCUCUUCCGAGGGACCCUUGCCGCUGCCGCCCUCCUGCACCCGCAGCUGUGCGCCCAAUCCCUCGCCGCUCGGCCCGCACCGCGCCCGCGUUCCCGGGCCCCGGGUUUUCUUAAAUGUUUUCUUGGAGCCUUAAAAAUGGAGAUGACAGAAAUGACUGGUAUGUCACUGAAACGUGGGUCCCUUGCUGUUGAAGAUAAUGACAGUCUGUCCCCAGCCGAGGAGGCAAAAAGACAGAAGGUCUCAGAAUGCUGUCUGGCCAAAGGUCAGGAUGGGCUGGAAAAUAACUCUACACCCAGCUGUAAAAAUGUGCCUGGGCUACCUGAAGCUGUAAGUGCUGGAAAGAAUAAAAACAAUUCUGAUGCCCAAUUGGAGGAAGAAGAAGAGGAGGAGGAAGAUGGCUUUUCGGAAGAGGGUGAUGAAGAGGAGGAGGCUGAGAGUUUUGCAGACAUGAUGAAGCAUGGACUCACCGAACUUGAUGUUGGCAUCACCAAGUUUGUAAGUUCUCAUCAAGGAUUCUCGGGAAUCUUAAAAGAAAGAUACUCCGACUUUGUUGUUCAUGAAAUAGGAAAAGAUGGACGCAUCAGCCAUUUGGAUGACUUGUCCAUCCCAGUGGAUGAGGAGGAUCCUUCAGAAGAUAUAUUUACAGUUUUGACAGCUGAAGAAAAGCAGCGUUUAGAAGAGCUUCAGCUUUUCGUAAAUAAGGAAACCAGUGUUGCCAUCGAGGUUGUUGAGGACACCAAAGAGAAAAGGACUGUCAUCCAUCAAGCAAUUAAAUCUCUGUUUCCAGGAUUAGAGACAAAAACAGAGGAUAGAGAGGGAAAGAAAUACAUUGUAGCCUACCAUGCAGCUGGAAAAAAGGCUCUGGCAAAUCCAAGAAAACAUUCUUGGCCAAAAUCUAGGGGAAGUUACUGCCACUUUGUACUAUACAAGGAAAACAAAGAUACCAUGGAUGCUAUUAAUGUACUGUCCAAAUAUUUAAGAGUCAAGCCAAACAUAUUCUCCUACAUGGGAACCAAAGAUAAAAGGGCCAUUACUGUUCAAGAAAUUGCUGUUCUCAAAAUAACUGCACAAAGACUUGCCCACUUGAACAAGUGCUUGAUGAACUUUAAGCUAGGGAAUUUCAGCUAUCAGAAGCACCCCCUGAAACUGGGAGAGCUUCAAGGGAAUCACUUCACUGUUGUUCUCAGAAAUAUAACAGGAACUGAUGAUCAAGUACAGCAAGCUAUGAACUCUCUCAAGGAGAUUGGAUUUAUUAACUACUAUGGAAUGCAAAGAUUUGGAACUACAGCCGUCCCCACAUAUCAAGUUGGAAGAGCUAUACUACAAAAUUCCUGGGCUGAAGUCAUGGAUUUGAUAUUGAAACCCCGUUCUGGAGCCGAAAAGGGGUACUUGGUUAAAUGCAGGGAAGAAUGGGCGAAGACCAAAGACCCAGCCGCUGCCCUCAGAAAACUACCUGUCAAAAGGUGUGUGGAAGGGCAGCUGCUUCGAGGACUUUCAAAAUAUGGAAUGAAGAAUAUAGUCUCUGCAUUUGGCAUAAUACCUAGAAAUAAUCGCUUAAUGUAUAUUCAUAGCUAUCAAAGCUAUGUGUGGAAUAACAUGGUGAGCAAGAGAAUAGAAGAGUAUGGACUGAAACCUGUUCCAGGAGACCUGGUUCUCAAAGGAGCCACAGCCACCUACAUUGAGGAGGAGGAUGUUAAUAAUUACUCCAUCCAUGAUGUGGUAAUGCCCUUGCCUGGUUUUGAUGUUAUCUACCCAAAGCAUAAAAUUAGUGAAGCCUACAGAGAAAUGCUCACUGCAGACAAUCUUGAUAUUGACAACAUGAGACACAAAAUUCGAGAUUAUUCCUUAUCAGGGGCCUACCGAAAGAUUAUUAUUCGUCCUCAGAAUGUCAGCUGGGAAGUUGUCGCAUAUGAUGACCCUAAAAUUCCACUCUUCAACACAGAUGUGGACAACCUUGAAGGGAAGCCCCCGCCAGUGUUUGCUUCAGAAGGCAAAUACAGAGCUCUGAAGAUGGAUUUUUCUCUUCCUCCUUCUACCUACGCUACCAUGGCCAUUCGAGAAGUGCUGAAAAUGGAUACCAGCAUCAAGAACCAGACCCAGCUGAACACCACCUGGUUCCGCUGAGUCCUUUGUCCCCAGAUUAGAAAAUGCAUACAAAUGUUUACUGGCUUCCUGUUCAUCUUUCUCUUAGUACAGACUCAUAGUGGAUUUUGGAUCUUUGUAGUGAAAGAUUAUUUGUAUUUUUUCAAGUUUUUAUUAGCUUAAUUUGCAAUAUUUAUACACAUAUACAAAUCCUGAGGAUCCUAAUUCUAGCUCAGAGAAUUGGUCACAAUAUAUUUCAGGUGCUUAAAUCAUAGUAAAAUGUCACCGUUACUGGCUUUAUAAUAAUUAAAAAAGAGUUUGACUUAAAGUAGCAGUUUUAGAUUUUGCUACAUUCUUGAAGGACAAUAGAAAUUUUUAACACCCAUGAAAGGAGUAUACAGUAAUACAUUUUAAGAGAAAACACAACAAAUCUCAACGAUGGAUAACUAAGGAGAGCACCCCUGACCUAUGAAUAUUAAUAUAGUACUCAUGCUUACUUAAAUGAUGAUAAAGCAUCUGGAUUUAUGAACACAAAAGUGAUUGUCAUUAUUUAGCUUAUAUAUCAGGUAUAGGCAAUUGUUUAUAGAUAUUUUUAGCUGCAGUGGCUUUUGCAUUUAUAUUAUUGUCUUGCAGGAGAGUUGCAUCAAUAGAACCUUUUUUCUUGAUGUAAACAUGAUGUACCUAUUUUUAUUAGUUAAGGUCUAAUUUUUACUCUAGGUGCCUUUUAUGUUCAGAACUCCUUCCACUGGACUGGUAUUUGCCCCAAAAUAAAUGACAGCAGAGAAGAAACUUAAAAAAUUUACAAGGGCUCCUCUUAACAGCAUUAACCUUUGCCACCAACUGCUUAGGUAUUUCCAUUUCUGGCGUUGUGUAAAACUCUUCUCUGGUGUGAAAAGAUGAAUAUGCCUUUCCAAGGGUCUGUGACGUAAGUGUACCAAUUUUUAUUUUUUAUUAU